UAUUUCAGUUUUACCUUGGACUUAUAUUUUUAACUGUGUAAAAGUCCUAGGUUUAGCACGGAAGUAAAGAAUGAAAAUACACUCGACGUAUAUGGCAAUUGUUCUAGCAACUGUCAUAAUGAAUGCCGAAAACCAUGAAUGUAAGAACUAUGUUCUAUCAGCAUCAGACCAGUCACUGAUAGAUAUGAUGGAACAUUACCUACAUACUUCAAGGAAAGAAGAAUGUCCGCCACCGAUCAAAACAUCAAAUUCAGGAGUAACAUAUGUACGCUGGGGAAAGAAAAGUUGUCCAAAAGGUGCUGAAAUAGUAUAUACAGGGCAAGUCGGUGGAACUCAAUAUGGAUACAGAGGAGGUGGUGUGAACUAUUUAUGUCUCCCUAAUGAUCCAGAGAAUGGACAGCAUCAAUCAUAUGGCAAUAACCAGGUCUAUGGAUCUGAAUACCAACUUAGUUCGUCAAUGAAGCCAUCAGGAUGGUCAGAAAGUAUGGCCGACAAGGAAGUACCAUGUUCUGUCUGUUAUCAAAAACACAGAUCAACGGUCCUGAUGAUACCAGGUCGAAAGUCUUGCUAUAAAGGAUGGAACUCAGAAUAUAAUGGUUAUCUGAUGAGCGAUCAUAAUACUCAUUUUAGAAGGGACUUUGCCUGUGUUGACAUCAAUGCAGAACCGGUGGACAAUAAGAAUGGAAAUGAAGAUGGCGCUGUGUUUUAUCCUACCCGAACCAAAUGUGGCAGUUUAAGAUGUCCUCCGUAUACAAAUGAAACAGAUGUUCUUUGUGUCGUUUGUACAAAGUAAAACGUUUGACAUUAAAUGAAAAUACAUAAA